AACUCUCAACAUCUGGUAACACAUCCACACAACACUCACACAAUUAAGACCAAAAAUUUAAACAAACAACAAACGUACGGCGCGAAAGUGACGCCACAAAAGGAACAAAAAAACAAACGCAAGGAAAGGUGUGCGACAUUAAAUUUAUAAAACAAAUAUUAACUUUAAACAAAAUGAGCGAAAUGCGUAGUGAAAAGUUCAAAAAAUUUAAUAAAGUCUAUCUGCUGGAAAAACAACGAAUCGAUAGUUUUAAGAAUUGGCCUUACGACGAGGCAGCCGAUUGUAGCAUCAGUAAAAUGGCUCAAGCUGGUUUCUAUUGGUCGGGGAAUAAAAGUGACGACGACACUGUGACCUGUUUUGUAUGUGGCAAAACCCUGCACGGUUGGGAUCCCACCGAUGAUCCUUGGAAAGAACAUGCCAAGCAUGCGCCACAAUGUCAAUUUGUUAAAUAUGGUCACAAAGAAGCUGAUCUGACGGUGGAAGAGUUCCUGAAUAUCUUCUCUGCCGUUGGGAUGAACAAAAUGAUGAAGGAUUUUAAUGGCAUUAAGUCAAAAUUUCUGGCACAAGCCUCAUCCGAAAUGGAAAAAUGUUUAAUGGAAAAGAAAUAGUAUCGCAGUUUUAUGUUUAGUAUAUACUUUUAGUUGUAACGUAGUUUAUUUAUAGAAACAAAUAAAGAUAUUUUAUAUAACGUA